CCUAUCUACAGGCCAUUGGAAUCAUUCCACACCCAGAACAUGGGGAAAGUGAGGCUGAUUUGUUGGCUCACAUGAAGGAAAAGGAGGCUCAAGCCAAGGAGGCCCAAGAAAUCCUACAGAUAAGACAGAUGGAACUGUCCGACAUCCAAGCUAAGCUUGCUGAGAAGAAACGGACACGCAUGCGUGAGGAAGGUGAAGGUCCAAACAAGAGGAUGAAGUCACUCUCGCCAAUUCAUGCUGAGCCCUACCAUGGCGAUGUCAUAGAUCUGACGAUGGAUUGACUGUGCGUGGAAGUAGAAUAGCACAGAUAGUCAGUACAACAUUACAUAUGCCG